AGACCGUCCUGUCAAGCAAUUUGUCCCUCUGGCCGAUCUGUAGCGUUUCUUCUCCCCGCCCUCCAUCAUGGAAGGAGCGGCGAACUCCUCCGAAGGCUUACGCUAUGCCGAGUACACCAGGGUCCCUACGAGCGCCGGCAAGGGCCAAGCCGAGCUGGACCGAGGGCUGGCCAAAACUAUGAUAGCAGUUGGACUUGGUGUUGCAACUGUUGCAUUUGCAGGUCGUUAUGCUUUCCAUCUUUGGAAACCAUUGGGGCAGGCAGUUACAGAGACAGCAAAGAGGAUUUCAACUUCUAGUCUUUCAUCAUAUUAUAAAGGAGGAUUUGAACAGAAAAUGAGUAGGAGAGAAGCUGGUCUUAUUUUAGGUGUAAGUCCAUCUGCUGGCAAGGCCCAAAUCAGAACAGCCCAUAGAAGAAUCAUGAUUCUGAAUCAUCCUGAUAAAGGUGGAUCACCUUACUUGGCAACAAAAAUAAAUGAAGCAAAAGACUUGUUGGAAUCCAGUGCCAAAAGCUGAAAUCCAAAGCCUUGGACUAUGGAAGAUUCAGCAGAUGCAUUGUGCAACAGCUUUCGUAUUUACUUGAUCUGCACAAUUCAUAACCAUGCAUUGGUUGGUUGUAUUUAUUGUCCUAAUCAAACAUUGAAGGUUAUUUAAAAGCAAACUGAAAUAUUUUAUGAUUAUGUCCAGUUAUGCUUGGGCUUGAGCUAUCCUGUGAUUCUGUGUCUUGGUUUUAGUGUGUUUUUACUGAAUUAUGAUCUAUUACAAGCUUUGAAAAUGUUCUCUUGCUGUCUGUGGUUUUCUUCAGAAUUAGUUUUGGUUUUCUUUGGUUUUGGGGGGGAGCUUUUAUUAAGUUUUAAAAAUAGUCUUGAAUGUAUUUCUUAUAUAUAUGUUUUUUCCUUCAUUGGCAGACUUGACUGUUGCCAGAAAGUCUAUGACACAACAGAUUGAGUCACAGGAAGUUUGUCAGACCCUGCAUACAGCACAUUUUCAGCAUCACCUAACACAUGAAUCAUUUGUGAAAUAGCAGGGUUCAUUCUUGAGUGCAGUUUGGGAGAUGCAAGUCAGAACAAAAUGACUAG